AUGGGUGGUUGCCGUUGGACUUGGACCGGUGGGCUCGCGGGCGGGCCACACCUUCUCGCACACACCACCUUCGCCAUUAAAGCCAGCUCCAGAGUUCGCCAGGCCGGAACGGUCACCACGGACUUGAGCAGCGGACGCGAGAUCCGGGAAGAAAGCUGCGACGCGCCCUCAGAGGUGACAGGCGCCAUCAAAGAGCGAGCAUUGACUCCGGCAACCUGCCCAGUGCCCACCCGACGCGAGCUCAGGCGCUCAGCUCGCCGCUCCCAAAUCCAACCAAAACCUAGCAACAACCAGUCCCCAGAUCCAUCAGCGAGGCAGCCGAUGGACAGUGACGGCGGUCCGCCGCUCAAGCCUCCUGACGCUGCAGCGCCACCCAGCGGCAGCGAACAACAACAGCAGCAGGGCCAGGAGGACGGCAAGCAUCCGCCACCCUCGCUGCCGGACGACGCCCUCGCCAACAUCUUCGGCCGCCUCGCGCCGCGCUGCGUCGCCGCGUCCCGCUGCGUCUGCAGGCCCUGGCGCGCCGCCAUCGACGCCCGCCGCCUCCUGCGCGCGGACCUGCUCCCGCUCACCCUCCGCGGCAUCUUCCUCCACUUCCACACGCACAAGUUCCCGGCCUUCUUCGCCCGCCCCGGCGGCGCCCCCGCGCUCACCGGCAGGCUCAGCUUCCUGCCCUACGCCAGCCCCGCCGCCUGCGCGUGGCGCGUCGGCGAGACCUACCGCACCCGGGAGAAAUACGCCAUCAAGGACCACUGCAACGGCCUCCUGCUCAUCGACACCUACGUCGUCAACCCCGCCACGCGCCGCUGGGAUGCGCUGCCCCCAGGCCCGCCCGGCCGCGUCCAGUUCUUCGUCAGCACCGACCAAGACCUUCUUGAAGAUGCCACUCCAGUCCCGGAAGCCAUCAACACCUACCUGCUCUUCGAUCCCACCGUGUCACCGCACUACCAGGUGCUCCGGAUCUGCUCCUUGAGCAGAAUGGGUUCCAUGGAUGUUCUAGGCUACGACGAUGCUCAGUGCCCGGCAUCCUCCUGCACCCUGAAUGUCCUCUCGUCAAGCACAGGUUGCUGGGAGGAGAGGCGUUUCGUCAGAGAAGGCGGCACGGCAGGGACCGUCGCCGAGGUGCAGGCUCGGCCGCGGUCCGGCGCCGCGUCUACUCACGAGGAGCCCUCUACGUGCAUUGCGAGUCCCAUUUCGUUCUCAGGAUAUCCUUGUCUAGCAAUACAUAUCGCGUAAUCAGACCACCGCCGGGCUACGCCGAUAACAGAUACCCACAUCCUUAUCUGCAAAGAUCGCAAAACGGGGUCUACUUUCUGUCGCUUGAUAACUAUCUGCUCCGGGUUUGGAUCCUUACGGAAUCAUCAUCAUGUGGUCAAAUGGAGUGGGUGCUGAAGCACGACAUUGACCUCGAGCCCGUGUUCGCACCUUGGUGUCCUCCACAACCUCGUGCGCCCUGGAUGCUAAAAGGGAUCAACCACAACCCGUUCUGCAUCCAUUUUCCUGAAGCCAACAAAGAUGAUAUGGUUCAAGACAAGUAUGAGUGGAGCUCUGACAGUGAUGAUGUUCUUGAAAAUGGUGAUGAUGUUGUUGUCAAUGAAGGCGCGAUCGAAGAGUGCAGCUCAAAGGACAACAAGAAAGCAAUUCUUCAAGAGAAAUGUGAAUCCAACUCCAGUGAUGACUUGUCUGAAGAGCGUUGCUGGAAUGAAGAAGUAUGCGAGCUUGACAUGCUCGGGCUUCACCCAUUCAAAGAGGUUCUCUUCCUCUCCGACUUAGCCUCCAAAGGACUAGCUUAUCAUUUGAACACCUCCAAGAUUGAAUGGUUAGGUGCCAUAUACCCAGAAAAAUAUCACCGUUCUGGUGGUUACAGGGAUGAAGUGGACAGGGUCAAGUAUGCUUUUGCAUACACACCAUGUUGGAUGGAAGACUUCCCUUCAAACAAUUAGUCUAUCAGUUGACCACCAACAUUAGCAUAUAUUCGUAUCAUACCAUUGGUGCAGCAGAUGAAAUGGGUGCCAUGUGAUGUUCAAGUCCUCUUUGCUAUCUGUACUGAGAAUUGCUUCCUACUGGAAAAUAUUAUUAUUAUGUCUGUUAUGUUUA